CCCCCCCCCCCCCCGCUCCGUCCCCGUCCCGUUGACACCCCCUCCCCUCCAAACCCAGCCCAUGGUCCCCCCGACCCUGGGGUCUCCCUGCCUCACCUCAGCAUCACAAUAGCAGUGGGGCGAGCCCAGCCCCCACCACACACCCACCCAAGGGCCCAAGAGAGGGACAAGGACACCGGCCACCCCCCCGCUAUGGCUAAACCAGAGAAGACCCUGCUUGGGGACUGUGAGCUGACAUCCCCGGGGGUGACCCUCACCGACAGCCUCAUCGCCACGAGGAGCCAGCCUCGGCCGGUGGAGCCCCUGCGCCCAGAGAGCCAAUCUACGGAGCUGCCGUCCCCCUCGACUGUCCGCUUGGACCGGGAGAACAUCUGUGCGAUCGGGAGGCGCCAGAGCCUGCGGGAGAUUCACAGCCUCUACCUGCAGCAGGUUCCUCUGCCUGGCUGGAAACUGCAUCCGCAGAGUGGAGAACCUGCAGCCCCUGCAACAUCUGCGCGUCCUGGACUUGUCCCACAACCAGAUACAGAUGCUGGACCCAGGUGGGAGGCAGGAACGGGUCCAGACGUGGCCUGGGUCUGCCCAAGAGGUGCCUCAGAGGAGCUGCCCCGCAGCCUCCGUCUCCUCGACUUAACGGGAAACGAAUGCACCCACCAGCAUGGGUACAGAAAGCUGGUGGUGGGAGCCCUGCCCCACCUCCUGCAGCUGGAUGCCCAGCCCAUCCAUGGCAGCGUGGGCGAGGAAGAGGAGAAAGGCGGCUCUUCCAGCAGCGAGGAUGAAGACAAUGAGUUGCUCUCUGAGCCAAGCGACCCUUUCACUGCAGACAAAGAUUUCUUUGCGGAUCUGCACCAGGAGCUGGCCGGGCGCUCACGGCGGAGGCAGAGGGAGGCCCUGGAGGAACACUGGACCCGUCUGAAAGAGCUGGAGGAGCUGCAGGAACGUCGGGGUUUGCUGCUGCCCCCCGCACCGCUGAGCCCCGGCAGGGAGGGAGCCGCCUGCGCCGCGGCCCCAGGAGCCAAGCGGUCUCAGCCCUGUCCCCAAACAAAGCUGGGGACACGUCUGCCACCCCUGCCAGCAUCCUGCCAGCAGCCCCAGCGAGCUCCCAGCGGGAGCCAGUCCCGGACCAAGGCUCCAGAGGAGGAGACUGGCACCAAAGGAGCAAGAAAUAGGCGCUUACCCCAAAUACCCCACACCAGCACCGCACCGCGCGGUUGGGAUUAA